UUCCCUUAAAGCCGCCGGUUCGGGCGCUGCGAGGCGCAAAGCGCGCAGCGUGUUCUUGGAAACGUCUUGGGAGGUUUACGCACGACGCCACGCCACGCAGCUGGAGCCGAAGCGGGACGCAGUUUAGUUCGGAAACCUCCUCUUUCCGUCCGCAUCUGCUUAUUUCCUCUCGGAUGUUUCUUUCUUCCUCCUCCUGUGUCACUCGGUUCUGGGUGACUUCGCUGUGACUGUUUCGGGUUGGGGGAGUGGAAACGAGCUUUCCACUCUGAAGGGCAGCAGCGUUUUUUCAAACAGAGCACACAGAAAGAGAGGAUGAUCCCACCGGCGAACGCAGUUCAGGACGACAGCGGAGGCAAAGAGGACGAGCAGGACCAGGAUGAAGCUCCAAAAUCCCCGACGAUGAGCGCCAGCCAGCAGGAAACCAAGAAUACUGUGAGACCUGAGCAUCAGAAGCGCAAGCUGCAGAGACUCAAACGCUCGCUUUCCUUCAAGACGAAGAGCAUCCGCAGCAAGAGCGCCGACAACUUCUUCCGGAACAGCAGCGAGAACAAGACGGAGCUCCUCUCGGAUGUGAGCAGCAGCACGGGCCAUCUCUGCAACAUCGGGAUGGCCCCGCCGCACACCACCAGCCUGCCCAUCCCUCCGGUCCCGCCCGCCAUCCCCUGCGCCCCACCGCCAACGUCGCGCUCGCAGGCGCGCAACCCGCUGCAGGUGGACUCGGCGGGACACUGCUUCAUGGAGCACAUCUUCAAGAAGCCCACGUUCUGCGACGUCUGCAACCACAUGAUAGUAGGAACAACAGCCAAGCACGUGGUGUUCCUGGCAGGAAACACGGCGAAGCAUGGCCUGCGCUGUAAAGCCUGCAAGAUGAGCCUGCACCACAAAUGUGAGAACGGAGUCGGCCAGCAGCGUUGCAUGGGGAAACUGCCAAAAGGUUUUCGCCGAUACUACAGCUCUCCGUUGCUGAACCAGGAACAGUACGGCUGCAUUAAAGAAGUCAUGCCCAUCGCCUGUGGGAAUAAGGUGGACCCAGUGUAUGAAGCCCUGAGGUUUGGGACGUCGCUGGCACAAAAGGCCAAGAGGGCAAGCGGCUCAGAUUCUCCACACAGAAACUCAGCCAGCGAUCUGGAUAACGUCCCAGAGGAGGUCGUGGCUCACAACAGUAGGCAGGAGUUGUCGAGAAAACACAGCGAUGACGUUUUCACAGUUAUGCAGAACGGAGCUGAGUGUUUGUACCUGCCAGAGAGAAAGGCCGAUGACUUACCGAUGGAUCAGAUCCAGCUGCAGAACGAUCCGCUCAAGCUCAACAUGUUGGUGGCCUUGUACGAUUUCAGCACCCAGGAGAGCCAUGACCUGGAGAUGAGAGCAGGAGACAGAAUAUUGCUGGCAGAUGAUUCCAACGACGACUGGUGGAAGGGGGUGAUUAAGGACAGGAUCGGUUAUUUCCCAGCAGCCUUUGCUCAUGAGCUGCAGGAGGGAGAUCAGGUGUUCAGGUGCAACAGGACGUUCAUCGGCUGCAAAGAGCAAGGGCAGCUCACUCUGAAGGAGGGGCAGACCCAGGGGAGAAAUGCUCAGAGCAGACAUGCACAUUCAUGUGUCCUGUCCCAUUAACAGGGUCGAAGUUUAAACGAGGCCCUUCCAAAAAGAUCUGUGUGAGCAGUGAGGGCGAGCGUGGCGGCUUCAUCAGAGUGGCGUUUGGGAAGAAGAGAGGCUACGUUCCCUGUGACAUCCUGGAAAUCAUCUGAGACAAAGACUCUGCGGAAGCAUGACAGGGAUAAAAAGUCGGACUGGAUCAGCCACUGGGACGUAAGAGGUGGAGGAACCGAAGGAGCAGGAAGAGAGUCGUUCACAUCGUCACAAAAUGGAGUUUAAUCAAGCACUGAUGGGUUUGGCACCAGAAACUCAGAAAAAACUCCACCUCAGACGAUCCUGCUCAAGAAGACGCUGUGACAACAAACUGCAAGGAGACAGGAAAUCACUGUGUCACUGUUUUUUACUUUUAAUUUAUAGAGCCUGUGGCUUUUGUUUUGUUUUUCUGUAGUUUAUUUAAAUAUAAGCUGUUGCUCAUGUAAAAGAAAACAGCAUAAAGUGUAAAAACAUAGACAAUUGCUUAUUGAAAUUAUUUUUUACAGUUUUUAUUACAUAAACAGAAUUCCCCUUUUACAUAGUUUAGUUCCCAAUGCUUUUAUACUACAGGAUUUUCCACAUAAAUGUUGCAUUUGUACGGAUGUAAAGAAUGGUAAGUGUAGUUUUCUAUGACAGAGUUACUGACCCCACAAGGCAGUACAAAAGCAAACAUGUCUCUUUACAAUAAGAGAAUAUGAGCAUUUAUGCUUUGAUUUGUCCUAAAGGUUUAUGAAUUUGUUUCUUAUUUAUUUAUGUUUCUACUCAUUUGAGCUCUCUUCUUAACAUCAAACAAAACCUUAUUUUUAUUCUAUAAUGACUCUGAAACAGUAAAACUGAAAGAUAAAGAUGAGAAUGAGUCCUUAAAUCCAAAACGUAUUUUAUGAAGUGACCCUCACUGUGUUCAAAUUAAUCAGAAACAGUUACAUUGUUACAUUUUUCACAUUGUAAUAGAUUCAGUGAGAUCCCGGACGAGCCCCCAAAAUUAUUACGCCAAAAUUCCCUUUUCACAUAGAAACCCUUAGCUUACCUAAUUUUGAGUAUUUAAUUUAAUAUACAAAGGCAUUUUUAUCAUAAAGUAUGAAGAACAGACUUAAAUACUGCCUAAUUAGAUCAAAUAAGAGUCAAAUGAACAGAGCUAACUGGUCCAGAACCUGGUAGCAGGUAGCUAGUAAUAAUUAAAAUAAAGAAGUUGUACACAGACAUCCAGGUUAAUUCAGCCAAUGUAAACUGGUAAAUAAUUGCAUUUCACUAAUAGUAACACAACUCAAACAGUGAAACUCAUUCUAAAUUUAAUUACUGCAUGUUAGCUAAACUACAGAUUUUAUUGAGACAUAAACUACUGCCAGUCUUCUGGCAUUUUGUCAAUAAUUUAGGAUGAUUGGAGGCAAAAUGACAAGCAAGAAAACUGAUUCGGUCUUUGCAUGAAUCUGCAACAACCCAUGGAUUUUAACGUAAACAACGCAGUACCCUGCAGGGCAUUUUUACGUAGCCUAUUGACAGAAAUCAAAAUGUAGUUUUACAUGCUCUCAGUAUGACCUUGUAAAAGACCAAAAAUGAAGGAUUUAUCUACAUAUUUAAAGACUGCAUCUAGACUGCUAGAAGAAAUAAAGAUUUAACAUAAAACAACCAAAAUCCAAGAAUACAAGAUGUUCAAGACCUCCAGUCUCUAUUAUGAAAGUAAAAAACUGUAACCUAAAGUAAAUAUCCAGUGUAAUGUCUUCCAGUAUCUUUAUCCUAUCAUCUGCCACUUUAUUUGGUAGGUUGUAAACAUUUUCUACAUGACUCAUUUUUAAUUUCAAGUUGCAGUUUAUUGUGGUUUUUUUGUUAUUUUUCCUCAAAAAUUUAAGUUAUCUAAACUAUAAAGCUGUGAAAAGUUAUUGCCUCUUACAGCCUUUAUUUCUCAUUUUGUCUUUCAAUUUUUUAUUAUCAUCAAGUAAAUAAAAAAACAUCAUCUAAGCUAGCCUGAUUAAAUACAAGCAAAAUAUGCUUUAAACAAAGACUUCAUUUGAGGGAAAAAUCCUAUCCAAACCAAAAUAAACAUUAUGCAAUAAUUACUGACAGACCAGUAGAAUCAAGAUAUCCCAAAUGUAGCCUGAAAAUAUAAUGGUCACGAUUUAGUAACGAGACAAAAGAUGUGCUAAAUAAAUCUCCUGACAAUAUAACUGCACAAUUCGACAUUUCAAAAAUAAAUUUGCUUAAUGGAAACACUGCAAUU